UGUAGUAGUCUGUAACCCAAUUUGGAUCCAGUCAGCAGUGUGAGCCAAAAUAAAAGUGACCCAGUUCAGCGGGAUUCGAGACAUUGAGCAUCUCUCCUCUUCUUUCUCAGUUCAGAGGGUCUGAGGCUGAAUUGAAUGAGAAAGAGAGCUAUGGAUAUGGGAGGCACCCCUAGUCUCCAUGGAUACUACAUGCCUGCAGAGUGGGAACCCCAUUCACAGUGCUGGAUUGGAUGGCCUGAGCGUCCAGAUAACUGGAGAAACAAUGCAGUGCCUGGUCAGUCUGCGUUCACUAGGGUGGCAUCUGCAAUCUCAAAGUUCGAACCUGUCACUGUGUGUGCCAGUGCUGCUCAGUGGGAAAACGCACGAAGUCAGCUACCAGACCAUGUCAGGGUUAUUGAGAUGAGUUUGAAUGAUUCUUGGUUCCGCAACACAGGCCCAACGUUUGUCAUUGGAAAUAGCCCAGAGCCAAAGGUUGCUGGGAUUGAUUGGAAAUUUAACAGUUGGGGAGGAAUUGAUGAUGGUUGUUAUCCUGACUGGAGUCUUGACCUCCUUGUGGCACAGAAGAUCCUGGCAACUGAGAAGGUUCCAAGGUUUCCACAUUCCAUGAUUCUUGAAGGUGGAAGCAUCCAUGUAGAUGGAGAAGGGACUUGCCUCACUACAGCAGAGUGCCUCCUAAAUAAAAACCGGAACCCUAAUAUGACGAAGGAGGAAAUAGAAGAUCAGCUGAAGGCAUAUCUUGGAGUGACAAAGAUUAUUUGGUUGCCUCGUGGAUUAUAUGGGGAUGAUGAUACCAAUGGUCACAUCGACAAUAUGUGCUGUUUUGUGAAGCCUGGUGUGGUUUUGUUGUCCUGGACUGAUGAUGAAACGGAUCCUCAGUAUGAACGAGCUGUAGAAGCCCUUACCGUCCUCUGCAAUACUACUGAUGCCAAGGGUAGGAAGUUGGAAGUGAUUAAGCUUCAUGUACCAGGUCCACUAUACAUGACAGAGGAAGAGGCUGCUGGAAUUACCCAGGAUGAUGCUAAACCGAGACUUGCAGGCACAAGACUUGCAGCUUCUUACGUGAAUUUUUACAUUGCCAAUGGAGCAAUCAUUGCACCACAAUUUGGGGACCAGAAAUGGGACGAUGAGGCUGUUCAUGUCCUAUCUAAAGCCUUUCCAAACUAUGAAGUGGUGAAAAUUGAAGGUGCUAGGGAGAUUGUUCUAGCGGGUGGAAACAUACAUUGCAUCACUCAGCAACAGCCGCAUAUUCCCCAAGGUCAUGUCCAACCAUGAUGACAGUGGUGCAGGCAGCAUAGCAAGGACAUAAUUACAUUGCUCAGUUCAUCAGUUCCAAUUGUUUCGUAUCCAAGGGCACUCUGAACUCUGAAGCAGAGGUGGAAAGUCUCCAAUCUAUGCAGGCAUUGUUGCAACCAGAGACACCGCCGUAGAGUUAGUUGACUGAGUUUCAGUUUGUUGAUUGUUAAACGAAGAUUCAUCUUGGGUUAUCAGUUGCAUAGUUUUAUGCAAAAACAGCUGAU